CAGCUCUUCGUAUGCUCUGAACCUUCAGCAUGCCGCCAUAAGAGCUUCGAACCACCUCGCGAUGCGCUCCCACUCCACAAUGCCGAGCUUUGCAUACAGUGGAGAGUGCGCACCGCGGGGUCUAGCACCUACAUAUGCAGUAGAUUCAGUGUGAUGAUGUCAGAGAUAACCUGCAAGGCAUAGUCCGAUGCCUGUUCCAGCCGAGAUCACUAUGUUGUCUCGUGCUGGAGCCUUGCCGUGGAUGCUUUCCGCGGCGCCCCUUACCCUGUCGCUUCAUAAUCCUGCAGCCAAAUUCGCUCGCUUUUCAAGUUUGAAGAUCUAUCCACACUACCUGUGCAGCCUCCAGAUACCUGCCGUGCAUGCCUUGGAAAAUAUGUCCGCUUGUCGCGCUCCAUCUGCCUUCGAUGUGUCAAGCUGCCGUGACAUGCUCGUAGAUCGUCUGUCUGUUGCCUCGGUUGAUAGUCGGUCUUGCCGGUGAAGAAGUUAAGAUUAGGCAACAAAAACAACUUGAUUGCUAUCUUAGGAUAUCAUCUCCUCCACUGUUCACGAGUCCUCCGCUUCCGUGAUUGUCGAUGGAGUCGGCCAUGGCAUGAUGCCUCGGACUCCUGCGCAUACCCGCGCAUGUGCCCCUACCCAACUGGAUACGAACUGGUUUCCUCCAGCAUACCAUUUACAUCAUAGAUCAAUACAAUCCAAUUGUAAUAUCACCACGUAUCCGUGCCGUCAAGUGAAUCUCGGCCUCCAAAUCGA